GAAAUCAAGAAAAUUCCACUAAAAAACUUGCACACAUUCCUAAGCAACACAAGAAAUUCCACAAAAGCCAUAUUUUCCCGAACCUUCCAGUACAAGCCUUGCACACGAUCAUCUAAACAGCUCAAAAUACAGAAAUAAUAUAUUUAGCUAACCACAGAACAUCCAUUUUACUCCCCUAUUAGCAAAAACAUAAGAAACCUCAAAAUUACUCAAUAUUCCUAGAAAAAUCGUCAUAAACCCAGAACAUUCCAGUACAAAAGUUGCGCACAUUUCCACCAGAACUACCUUUGUUAUCAGCGUUCGAUGCGCACUGCGCUGCGCACGGUACUGUUGCACACGGUUUACAAUUCGAAUAUAUACGGUGCGCGCGCGCUGUGGUUAUCAGUACGACUCAAUUGCGCGCUGUGGGAAGUGAUAAAAUUGAUAAGACAAUUUUCGAGUCAACAUGCCCUGCUGCCAAGUACCGAACAAACUCCAGUGCAACAUGGCAUGCAACAACACCAACUGUUUCUGUAUCCAAGAUGGCGGAGCAUCCUGCAUCUGCCUUCAAGAGAAGAUCGUAUAUCUGUGCAAGACCUGUCAAUGUGACAAUUGUACCUGCUUUGCCACUGGAGAAUGCACUUGUAUUUGUGUUCGACGUGACGAAACAGGAAAGAUCAUGAAAUGUGACGGUUGCAAGGGAAAUUGCGAGAAGAUUGACAGAGAAUGCAGGUGUAAAUGUGAUGAUUCCAAGUGUAUUUGCAUUACUACUGAAGGAGCUAAUUGCAUUUGCGUAUGCCUUGACGAAGGUGGAAAACUAAAGAAAUGUGAUAAUUGCAAGUGUAGCUCUUGCAAAUGCAAGUGUGAUAAUUCUAAAUGCACUUGCAUUGCAACUGGUGGAGCCGCAUGCAUUUGCGUAUGCCGUGAUGAAAGUGGAAAAAUUAAGAAAUGCGAAGACUGCAAAUGUGUUAACGAAACUUGUUGCAAAACUGGCAAUACUUGCGAGAAAACAUGUGACAAAGACGGCUGUGUCUGCAUCCCGACUGAUGGUAAAACUUGCGUUUGCAUCCGUCAAGACGAGGGACAACUUGUGAAAUGCAAUGACUGCAACUGCGCUGCUGGCAGCUGCAAUCCUCAACCAUGCCAAGCUUGUCAGAGGAAAAGUGACAAUAAAGGAUGCGUCUGCGUUCCUACUGAAGAAAACCCAUGCCGUUGUGUCUCUAAAGAAGUUAAAGGGAACCUUGUGAAAUGUGACGAUUGCAAGUGUGAUGAUUCCAAGUGCAUUUGCAUUGUUACUAAAGGAGCUACUUGCAUUUGUGUUUGUCGUGAUGAGAAUGGGAAAAUCAAGAUAUGCAAUGACUGCAACUGCGUUACCGAAACAUGUUGCAAAACUGGAAAGAAGUGUGACAAGGACGGUUGUAACUGCAUCUCAACUGAGGGAAAAUCCUGCGUUUGCAUCUGUCAAGAUGACGAAGGAAAUCUAGUGAAGUGCAAUGACUGCAAGUGUAAGUCUUGCAACUGUGAAUGUGACAAUUCUAAAUGCACAUGCAUUGUCACUGAAGGAGCCGCUUGCAUUUGCGUAUGCCGUGACGAAAACGGAAAAAUCAAGAAAUGCGAUGACUGCAACUGCAUUAAUGAAAGUUGCUGCAAAUCUGGUAACACUUGUGAGAAGAUAUGUGACAAGGACGUAUGUAUCUGCAUCUCUACCGAGGGGAAACCCUGCGUUUGCAUCUGUCAAGAUGACAAAGGAACUCUCGUAAAAUGCAAUGACUGCAAGUGUAACUCCUGUAACUGCAAAUGCGAUGAUUCUAAAUGCACUUGCAUUGCUACUGAUGGAGCUGCUUGCAUUUGUGUUUGCCGUGACGAAAAUGGAAAAAUCAAGAGAUGCGAUGACUGCAACUGCGUUACCAAAACUGAUAACACUUGUGAGAAGGUAUGUGACAAGGACGGGUGUAUUUGCAUCUCAACUGAGGGAAAACCUUGCGUUUGCAUCCGUCACGACAAGGGGCAACUUGUGAAAUGCAAUGACUGCAAGUGCAACUCUUGCAACUGCGACGAUUCUAAAUGCACUUGCAUAGCUACUAAAGGAGCAUCUUGCAUUUGUGUAUGCCUUGAUGAAAAUGGAAAAAUCGAGAAAUGUAUUGACUGCAACUGCGUUACCGAAACAUGUUGCAAAUCUGGUAAAACUUGUGAGAAGAUAUGUGACAAGGACGGAUGUAUCUGCAUCUCAACGGAGGGGAAACCUUGCGUUUGCAUCCGCCAGGUCAAAGGACAACUUGUAAAAUGUGACGACUGCAAGUGUAAUUCUUGCAACUGCAAAUGCGACGAUUCUAAAUGCACUUGCAUUACUACUGAUGGAGCUGCUUGCAUUUGUGUUUGCCGUGACGAAAAUGGAAAAAUCAAGAAAUGUGAUGAUUGCAACUGCGUUACCGAAACAUGUUGCAAAACUGGAAAGAAGUGUGACAAGGACGGCUGUAUCUGCAUCUUAACUGAAGGAAAGUCCUGCGUUUGCAUCCGCCAGGACAAAGGGAAUAUUGUGAAAUGCAAAGACUGCAAGUGUAGCUCUUGCAACUGCGAAUGCGACAAUUCUAAAUGCACUUGCAUUGCUACUGGAGGGGCCGAUUGCGUCUGUGUAUGCCGUGACGAAGUAGGAAACAUUAAAAGGUGUGACGAUUGUCUUUGUGUCGAAAAUGUCAAGUCAGACAUUUAGAUAAAUUAAAUAAGGAUACCUAAUUUUAAAUACCUAUACCACGCAUAUACACUUAAAUAAAUAAAUACAUUAGUCGCGAUGAUAUAGUUACGUUAAGCCUAAUAUUUCGAUCGUCAAUUGUUUUAUGUUUAUAAAUGAACAAAAAACAAUUGACGAUCUUCUUUUGUUAACAAAAAUAAUUAAUAAAACAUGAUGUAUUUUUAGAUCGAAAAGUCGCCUGUAAUGUAUUACUUUUCCGAUAUUUUUUCAUAUAUUAUUCAUGGCGGUGUUUGAAUAAAUUUCAUUUAUUGCGUUUCAUUUAUAAAUAAGUUGCAAUAAAAAUAUUCCAUAAUAAAAAUGAAUUAUUCCUCA